CGCUGUUGAGGACGGCGACGGCCUCCAAACGUCGUCUGGCUCGCUCGCAAGGAAGCAACCAAAGUGGCGCAAUCAGACAGAUCCGGGCACUUGAGGAGCUUAGCCAGCCUGCGGGAUGCGCCCGCCAGGUACGUGAGCCCCCCAGCGUCCGAACUCCAGAGGCUGAUGUGGACCAAGACAGGCAGCGAGCACAACCACAUGGACGAGGUCCAGCCCAGAAUCUUCUUGGGCGACAUGUACGCCGCCAAAGACAAGCGUAGCCUGCGUGCUCACGGAAUCACCCACGUGCUGAACGCCGCCCACGGAAAGUUCAAUGUCAAUACGGGCGUCGGCUUCUACCGAGACAUCAAGUUGACGUAUCACGGCGUGGAAGCCUUCGACAUGGUGACCUUUAACCUCAGCGCUUUCUUUUACUCGGCGGCCGACUUCAUCUGGAGCGCCUUGAGUUCGGCCACGGGGCGAGUUCUGGUGCACUGCGCCAUGGGGUUGAGCCGCUCGUCCACGUUGGUGCUGGCCUACCUGAUGAUCCAUGAGCGGCUGACCCUGGCCGAGGCCAUCGCAGCGGUCAGCGCCAAGCGCAACAUCUCACCCAACCUCGGUUUCCUCGAGCAGCUACGGGCGCUCGACGCCAAGCUGCAGUCAGCCAGACACAACGCCAACGGGAAAACUUGAAGCCAUGUCCGUGGAC